UAAAACGGCGAUGCGUAUCUGUUGAGGAGGUGUUCCAUUAAUGGUAGGAAAUACAUAUUGAAGAAUAUAACGUUGGUCUCUUUCCCCCGACUUAAAUUCUCCCUUCAAAAACAAAGUAAGUUUAUAAUGUUUAUGGACUUUAUGAUUAGAAGCAGGUAAACAAUGGUUUAUUUUAUUCGUUACAAUCUGGAGUGAGCAAUAAAUGGGUAGAUUUAAUACUGUUUAUAACAUGAAACCUUUGAAAAAGCUAUUAUAAUCUGCUUGUCCAGACUGAAAUUUGUAAGAGUCUUACAAGAACGCACAUUCUGGAGAUAAACAUUUAUAUCAAAAAUAAGAUGUUAGAGGGAGGAGAGGAUUUAGUCACACUCAAUGGUAAUCUACAGAGACACAUAAACACACAGAUUGAUACUAUACUUCUUAAAUGUGAGGUUUGUUUGAGAGAAUUUAGUAGAAAAAGUGACUUAAAGAAACACUUAAGAAUACACACGGGCGAAAAACCUUAUACAUGUGGAGUUUGUGGGAAAGAAAUGUCUAGAGGUAGUAGCAUAAAAAGACACAUGUAUAUACAUAUUGAAGAUAAACCUCAUAAUUGUGAUAUAUGCGGUAAAGGGUUUAGUCAUACUAGCAAUUUACGGGAUCACAUGAGAACACAUACAACCGAAAAACAUACUGUCUGUGUAUGUGGUAAAGGAUUUAGUAGGCUUGGACUAUUACAGAUUCACAUGAGAACACAUACAGGGGAGAAACCUUAUGACUGUUGUGAAUGUGGAAAAGAGUUUAGUCAGCUUUCCAGUUUACAGAGACAUAUGACAACACAUUCUGGUGAUAAACAUCAUGAGUGUGAUGUAUGUGGUAAAGUGUUUAGUCUCAUUGGGUAUUUACAGAGACACAUGAUAAUACACACAGAUGUGAAACCUCAUAAUUGUGAUAUAUGUGGUAAACUGUUUAGUCAGCAUGGUCAUUUACAAAGUCACAUGAGAAUACAUACAGGUGAUAAACCGUAUAACUGUGAAUUAUGUGAUAAACGGUUUAGUCAACAUGGUGUUUUACAGAAACAUAUGAGAAUCCAUACAGGUGAUAAACCCCAUGUCUGUGAUGUAUGUGGUAAAGGAUUUAGUGAGCAAUGUAAUUUACAGAGUCACAUGAGAACACACACAGGUGAUAAACCUUAUCAAUGUGAUGAAUGUGAUAAAAGGUUUAAUCAUUCUAGUAAUUUACGACGUCACAUGAGAACACAUACAGGUGACAAACCUUAUGAGUGUGAUGUAUGUGGUAAACGGUUUAGUGAGCAUGGUAGUUUACAAAUUCACAUGAGAAUACAUUCUGGUGAUUAACAUCAUGAGUGUGAUGUAUGUGGUAAAGCGUUUAGUCUCAUUGGUAAUUUACAGAGACACAUGAUAAUACACACAGAUGUGAAACCCCAUGUCUGUGAUGUAUGUGGUAAAGGAUUUAGUGAGCAAUGUAAUUUACAGAGUCACAUGAGAACACACACAGGUGAUAAACCUUAUCAAUGUGAUGAAUGUGGUGAAUGGUUUAGUCAACCUAGUCAUUUACAAAGUCAUUCCAAAACAC